AUGUGUGCAAUUGUGGCGAGACAACUUUGGCUCCAGAGGAAUAUGGUGGUUUAUGGGGCAUCCGCAUGGAGGAAACCUCAUGUCGAUUACAUUAAGGUUAAUUGGGAUGCAUCUCUUAAUGCACGAAAAAGUAGAGUGGGCAUAGGGGUGGUGGCUCGGGACCAUGCAGGAAGGGUGGUAGCUGUGCUCUCUGACUCCGAGGUCGCAACAACUGAUCCAGAGGGGGCGGAGACGCUUGCGACUUGUUAUGCAACAGAUAUGUGCCACUAUCUGGGCUUGCGGAAUGUGAUAUUGGAGGGAGAUGCCCUCAUGGUGGUUCGGUCCUUACAGAAGGGAAAAUGUCAUUGGGGUAGGCUGAGACAUGUGUUGAAUGAUACCACACAGAAGUUGCAAACAAUGCAAGAAUGGAGGGUUGAUCACAUCCCACAGGAGGCCAAUGUCGUUGCACAUAGAAUUGCUACGUUAGCGUUAUCUAUUCCAGAUAGGCAAAUUUGGGUUGAGGGGCCAACUUUUAAGCUAUGA